GGCCGAGGCAGAUGCUGCGCUUCAUGUGAAGGAGGCGACGCGGAGGAGUGGCGGCGGCGGCGGCGUCGGGCGAGGCAGGCGAGCGACCGAGGAGCCUCGUUGUGCUCGCAGCCUCCACCAGCAGCAGCAGCAGCAGCAUGGCCGUAGCGGUGGGCAGACCUUCGAAUGAUGAUCUUCGGAACUUGUCCCUGUCAGGCCAUGUCGGUUUUGACAGUCUUCCUGAUCAGCUGGUCAACAAGUCAACCUCUCAGGGUUUCUGCUUCAACAUUCUUUGUGUUGGGGAAACUGGCAUUGGCAAAUCCACGCUAAUGGACACACUGUUCAACACCAAAUUUGAAAGCGACCCGGCCACUCACAAUGAACCUGGCGUGCGGUUGAAAGCGAGAAGUUAUGAACUUCAGGAGAGCAAUGUCCGUCUCAAGCUGACAAUAGUUGACACGGUGGGAUUUGGAGACCAGAUCAACAAAGAUGACAGCUACAAGCCCAUUGUGGAGUACAUAGAUGCCCAGUUUGAAGCCUACCUGCAGGAAGAGCUGAAGAUCAAGCGCUCACUGUUUAAUUAUCAUGACACCAGGGUCCACGCCUGCUUGUAUUUCAUCGCACCUACUGGACACUCGCUGAAAUCUCUCGAUCUGGUCACCAUGAAAAAGCUCGAUAGUAAGGUGAACAUUAUCCCCAUCAUAGCCAAAGCGGACACGAUUGCCAAAAACGAGCUGCAUAAAUUCAAGAGCAAGAUCAUGAGCGAGCUGGUUAGCAACGGAGUCCAGAUCUAUCAGUUCCCGACAGACGAAGAGACGGUGGCUGAGAUCAAUGCAACGAUGAGUGUCCACCUCCCGUUUGCGGUUGUUGGUAGCACCGAAGAAGUGAAGAUCGGCAACAAGAUGGCCAAGGCCAGGCAGUACCCCUGGGGAGUCGUGCAGGUCGAAAAUGAAAACCAUUGCGACUUUGUGAAGUUGCGUGAAAUGCUGAUUCGAGUAAACAUGGAGGACUUGAGAGAACAGACUCACAGCCGGCACUACGAGCUCUAUCGCCGCUGCAAGCUAGAAGAGAUGGGGUUCAAAGACACUGACCCUGACAGCAAACCGUUCAGUCUUCAAGAGACCUAUGAAGCGAAGAGGAAUGAAUUCUUGGGUGAGCUCCAGAAGAAGGAAGAAGAAAUGAGGCAGAUGUUUGUCAUGCGAGUGAAGGAGAAAGAAGCUGAGCUGAAAGAAGCAGAAAAGGAUCUUCAUGAGAAGUUUGACCACCUAAAGCGGACUCACCAAGAUGAGAAGAAGAAGGUAGAAGACAAGAAGAAGGAGCUGGAAGAGGAGCUGAACAACUUCCAGAAGAAGAAAGUAGCAGCACAGCUACAGUCACAGGGUCAGCAGGCUGGUUCUCAGCAAACCAAGAAAGACAAGGACAAGAAAAAUUCAAGCUUCACAUAAAGCCUGCCAAGUCAAAGGACGUUCCUGCAUUCACCUGCUUUUGCAGUAAUGUGUUUCAGCCAUCUUAUUGGUUUCCGCCCCCCCCCCAAGCACAAAUUCAUCUUAUUAACCCCAUUAUAACUCGGUGGGUGGACAGAGCAGAGGGCACUGGGAUAUUCCUGUCUUGGUUUCUCAGGGGAACAGAAAUGGCAGAGUUCUUUGAAAUUGGAGCAAGGUUUAGACUGUAAGCAUUUAAACUUGGGUCUUGUUCACACAUUACAAAUUGGAGUCAUGGUGGCCACAUUAUGAUCUACAAUGGGCCACAAUCCAGAUAGCUCUUUGAGAUGUAUAAGCAGAAAUUCUCAUGUCCAGGGGGAUGUCUGGAUUUUUCUCUUUUUAUGGCAGGCUUCCACCCUACCUUUGCCACAGUGCACUGGGAAAUGAGGACACCAUCCAGCCCAUAUUUAUCCCUUUUAAAGUCCUGGCAACUUUUAAUUGGAGAGAGAAGCACAUGCCCAAAUUCUUCUCUCCUUGAAAUCUGUGGGGCUGCCCUUAAAAGUGCCUGGAUCUUGCCCUGACGUCCUUUGAAAGUAUGUUUACUGCGUCGUGCAGAAGGGCUGUUUUUUAAGUGGAAAGGUGUUUUCAGAGUCCCACUGCCUGUGUGGAUUGCUGAGUGAUUUUGUGGAUUAGGGCCAUGAUGUUUAAAAACAUCACAUCCCUUGUACAGCGGGUAGGGACUGUAGCCACAAAUAACCAUGACUAGGAAUUCAAAUCAUGUACACUCCAUUCCAUUCAUACUGCACCAGUUUACUGCGUAUAGCUUUUCAUACCAGACAAGAACCUAUCACCAUUUUCUCUAGCUUGAAGUAAGAGAGGUAGUUCUCCUGCCUCUCCAGGAUUGCAUGGUUCUGUGAAGAACUGCCCUGCUCCCCUACCCGGUUCUCUUUGUGACAGUGCACAAAGGCAUUGUCAAGAUCUGGCAGAGAAGUGUAAGGCUUCUCUGGAGAUAUCCACAGUUAUCUCUCUCACAAACACAAACUUAGUGUAGCUUUAAAACAAAAAACCCUGGAUCAGACUGUUAUUCAAUUUGGGUUGCCAGAUCCCAGCCCAGAGACACACCCACCAAGAGCCAGUGCCGCCAUCUUGGUUCUCUCUUGGGGCAAGCCACCCAGUGAGAGGCAGAGUGCACUGCCUCUUAACUUGCACCCCAGAAUCCCUUCUGAUGGCGCAAAGGCUUCUGGUGUGUUCUCUUUGUGCAUAUUGCUCCACAGUGCUUCAUUGCUACCAGCCAUGCCCCCCCCACAACCAUUCUCAAACCAUUGUUAGGCCCUCUUAAGCAAGUCUGCAUGAAGGCUCUUGAGUUGUAGCCAGCUGUGUUUGCUCUCAGAGGGUUGGAGUGCACUAUCCCUCUACCUGGAAGUAACAACCUACACCAGGGAUUCUCAAACAAGGGUCUCCAGGUGUUGUUGAACUAAGCUCCUGCCCUCCCUAGUCCGAAAGGCCAUUGUGGCUGGGGAGGGUGAGAGUUGUAGUAUGGCGGCAUCUGGGGAUUCACGUUGGAGAACUCUUGACCUAAGCAAUGCUGUGCAAAUAUCUCUGGAGCAAAUGACUAAAGCCAUCAGUUCUCCACAGGCUUGGGUUUCUUCUAAAACCAACUUCUAAUUUUCUCAAAAGCCCAUUGCCAAAGUGUCUUUGCAUGUGAUUAACUGACCCUGCAUGGUUUUCCACUUGCACGACAACAUUUUUGCAUUUUCCUGGAUGCCAUCACUUUGUUCUACACCCUAGUAGGCUUGCUUUCUCUUUAACAAGUAGAUGUGUAACUUAACAAACACUCAGCAUGUGCCUGUACCAGACUUGCAAAUUCUUGAUGGAUGGAAGAUUUUACCUCUUAGCCGUCUUGAUGUAAAGAAGCUGCAGGAGCACCAGAAAGGAAAGACCUUGCCAGAAUGUAAAUGUGCCCUCCAAAAUCCAGGAAUUACCGAAGGAUUAAGGGAUCCACUUAUUCUGAAAGAGAGAAGUGAAAUCCAUUCUCAGGGCUCAGCUUUAGGAAUGACAAAGACCGUUUUCAUUGUAUCUUGUCAAAUGAUCUACAAUGGGCAGGAUCUGGGCUGCGUAUCCUCCUAAGUGUGUGCAGGAAGCAAUAGGAACUUGGUGUUGAAAUCCAGCUUUCUUUUGUCUGUUCCUGGAGCUGCAUCGUAACUCCAAACAGAGUUGAGGUGCUGAUGUGGGAAGCGGGCAUGACAUCACCCUUCCCCCGUGAUUUCCUGUUCUGACAUUACCAGGAUGCAGUGAAGUGGAGCCAUGGUGGUGUGGCAAACAUGAUGCUCCUAAAACACAAGAACCAGCAUCCAGGCUCCAUCCUGUUUGCCCAGCCAUGGUUAAGCAUAAAUCGGUGGUGGAGCGUGGAUUGCUGCUACAAGCACUGGAUCAGGCCAGGCAACUCAAACAAGCAGGGCAUGGAAUAGACCAAACUGAAUUAUGGACUCAGAUCCCAGGUUGCCUGCCUGAGAGCUCCUUCACACCGUUUUAUGUGUACACCUAAACACGGCAUGUGUGAAGUUGAUAAAUGAGUGUUGGGUGGCAUGCACACUGUACAGGAACCAUUGGAUAACUUGGAUGGGUGUAGCCCCCCCCACCCCAGUUGAGUAUGUACUUGGAAACCAACCUGGGUGUGUUGCUCUGCAGUGUGAGAAACAGCCUUUCAAAGGCCCUCAGGGUCUGAAACAAGUAAAAACUGGGUGUGGUGGGAAUAUGUGCCAGGCUUCAGCCACAAUGACUGAAUGUGCCUAGCAUCUCUUCCUGGGAGGCGGCCAUGGACCAUCAUGGGCCAUUCAGCGCUGAACUUCCCCAUGGAGGCACGAGGGGCCAAAAGUGAUGGAGUGCAGAGGCAGUGUCAGUAGCCCAGUAACAUCUGGCGACCCAAGUUUGAGAACCCCUGGAUUGCACCAAGCGGACGAUGUAUGGAGAGUAGAUAUUCCUGUUUUGUUGGGUUGCAGGAUCAUCCAGCCUGCCAUAUGAAUAAUUAAGGUGGCAACAAAUUUAUUGCCCGUUCAAUUUUGUGUGGCAGGCGAAGGCCACGCCCAGAGUGCUGGCAGAAAGAGUGUGUCUAGCAACUAGGGACUGUUUUAAAAAUCUGGUUACUGGCCUGACUUCUUUUGGCUUGGCAUCCUUCACAUCCAGAGAACCAUGGGCAUUGUAGCUGGGCGGAAGGGAUGGGGAUUUCUUAGCACCCUUGGAAAAGUAGAUUUCCCAGGUUUCUCGGGGGAUAGGGUGCCCUGGAGGUUAAGCCAGACUGCUUGCGCUUGUAGUGCAAUUGUAGGAUGGUGAGCAGAAGAGACCUUAGCAUGACUUUUAACAGCGAUUUCCCCCCCACAUGGCAUUUGCCAGCCAAGAUGGACAUGCAGAAGAAGCCUCACCUAUUCCUGGCCUCUUUUAAGCACUGUGGAACUGAUUACAGGGCUUAAUUGUGUAUAUUUCUCUGUGCUGUUCCUUCCUGGACAGAAUCUUUCCCUUUCUGAUACAUUCCAAGAGGUGGCGACCUAUGCUUACUCCUUGACUCCCGGAUCGCUCUCUCUCCUGCUGAUGUUGGGCCAACUUUCCCCUCGGCUGCUGGUUAGGUAGUCUCCUGUUUCUUACCUUUUGACAGCACUCUUUGAAAUGACAUGCAUCUCCACCUGCCUGUCCUUCACACUCCUACCUUGCUUGCUCCUCUCAACUCACUGAGGCAGAUUUUUCUUUUUCCUUCCCAUGCUCUUAACUGCACCAGCUUUCGCCCAAAGGCCAGGUGGUGAGGGUUUUGGCCCUCCGGGUUGCCUCACCGUUAUUCUUAGGGAGAGGACAGGAUGGGUGGAACCUAAAUAGCAGCAAAGCAGCAGAUGUCAGAUUGGCUGACAUCCUGACUGACAAAGUGCUUGUGUAACAAACCAAGUUGUGCUAGCGCAAGAAGACUACAUUGUUGCGCUAGGAAGGGGUUUGCAGAAUUGCACUCUUCCAUUAUGAUGCUCUGGUGCAAAAGUUCCCUGCAAAACCUGCAAGACGUGUCACAGUUUGCACACCAAUUGCACAAAGGUAAGCAUGCUUGUGUUAGCACAACACCAGCCUGGAAUGCAAGCUCGAGGCUUCGUAGAACUUGCCAGUGCAAUAUUCCUUGUGCACUAUUGUGCACUAUUGCGCAAUAUUGUGGAUUGGUCAUCAGGUCAGCCAGUGUUAGCUUUGUGAUCAGCCACACUGUAUUGCACGUGCCACAGCUGAUGAAGGGGGGCACCGCCAAAGCCAGGCAAAUAAAAAGCAGCCAUCCACACAGCUCACGUUGAACUCCCUUGAACUUGAAUCGAAGGAGCCAGUUUCCAAACCAUGCGCUGCUGCCACCAAUCGUGCAAAUCUGUGCUCAAGUUUUCCGAAGCUUGAAUGCGGUGGUGUGCUUGUGUGGUGUGCUUGCCCCAGCCGUGUCUGUGCGUGUCCUCCUUGGAACUGGCUUUUGUGACUGUUUAAGUUGUUAACUGGAUUCGUUUCUCUCGCUUAGUUUAGGGAACUCUCCUGGGAGAUGUCCAAGGGGGCUUUCCAAGUUAUGCCCAUUCGACUGGGGAUGUGGGAUAGAUACGGGCAACUAGCAGAUGUUAACUUUCCACAGCAUGCCUGUGACUACUUGGCAAGCUGGUCAGAUGCAACAUCUUGUCAUGCAGCCAGGAGAAGUUGGCUGUACAUCAGACUCUGCCUGGUCAGAAAUCCAGGGAAACAGGAGGGUGGUGACAUUCUCCUCCCUGCUCGAUCAGCCGGCAGUCCAGAUGACCAGCUUACCAAAUCCUCUCACCCUUGCAAAUGAUCCCACAAAAGUUACCAAUCCUACCUGCCCCCAAACUUGCUAGCCUCCCUGCUUAUGCCAAGCAUCGGUGGCACCUGUGUGCAUCCAGGGACAGGUUUGCAGGUUUAACCACAGCAGGAACUGGGAGGUAGUUCAAAAUAUGGUUGUCAGCUCUGGGGACUGCUGGCGGGGAGGCAGAAAGGGAAGGCAGAAUCCAGCUGCAUCAAUACAGCCCUGUCCCCAGCUGUUCUGUUGUCUGCCGCCAAGGUCUCGAUGUCGCUACGUAUCUGCAGUGCAAACCUCUUUGCCCAAUGCAGUCUAUGUCUUAUGUUGUUUUCUCUUUUUAAAAAUUAUUUGUUCUUCCUAGCACAUUAAUCUCGAGAUACUCGGAAUGAUUUUCAAUCUCACACACACACAUACCCCCAUUAUCCUAUCCCACCCAACAAACACCGAAAAACAUAAUUCAGUUCCUGGCAGGACGGCAUUUGCUGACGUAUGACCAGAUCCGAUUCUCCUUUUAAGAGGAGAGUUCUGCCUGGUUAGUUGCCCCAGGAUGGGGAUACGUGCUUGAAAACAUGUCCCAUUUGAAGCAGUCCAAUACAGAUCAGUGCCCGUUUGCACGUGCAGUUCCGGAUCCAGCAAAUGAUACGUGCUUGGAAGCCUGCCUACAUGCAUAGUUGCCCUUCAUUGGAUGGGGCACAGAUCGCCCCCGAGCCAGGAUCUUGCCCUGCUUUAGCAACUCCUGGGACCCUGUUUAGCUUGCUUACUACUGCACUUGCUUUUCCUUUCUGUAUCUAUGCCUUUCUUCACAGUAAUCCUUGGCUCUGCACGGAAUAAUGUCCCUCUUCAAAGCUUUUUGGAUGUGCUUUCACCUUUGCAUGUAAGUAUAGCUGCAAGAAAACAUUUGGGCCCCCUUUUGGAAUGAGCGGAGAGGGCUGCUUUGCAGAUGGGUGUGCUUGCGAUGAGACAACGGCUCAAAGGAGUUUUCCGACAAUUCUGAUUAAAUGGGAGUUGGCCAGUGUAGGCCAAAGGGACGAACUACCACAUCGUAGCCACACUGGCCCCAAUCCAACAACAGUUAGGCACAUUUAGUUCUGACUCGUCUCAGUGAUUUCAAAAGGCAGCUAACUGUCGCUUUCUGUGAGGAGCGAAGCCCAGCUAGCUUUCUCUGAAUCAGAGCCACUCACUCUUAUGGUGGCCCUGUCCUUUUCAGUCUCCAUGAAGCGUGCUUAAAACGGCAGGCUGGCCCUGGAUUUUAAAUGCCCUUAUUUUGAUCUGAAUUGCAGCUUGAUCCCUAUACAUGUUUAGCUAGUAGUUCUGAGUGCAGUGGGAUUUACUUCCGAGUAACUGUACAUAAUGUUGUAGCCUAAGGCUGCAAUCCCUAAACAUGCUGUCUGGGAAGGACUUUUGACCUAGUUUGGUUUUUCAAGUGGCUCCAAAUGUGCAGUAUUUAGAUGUUAAACAUCCUAUUCUUAUUGAUACCUAUAUAAAAUCACAGCUUCAAGACACAAACUGUUGUAAUAUACUUGUUUAGUUGUUUGAUGGUUGUAUUUUAUAUAUGUUUUAAUGAAUUGGUAAUUGGACAGAACAGUUGAGAAAUUAUUUUUUUUAAAGCAGCCUUUCUAGGUCAACUACCCAGAAAAAUAUCAACUAUUUUUGAACCUAACUAGUAGAGGAAUGACUUUCAGCACUAGACAGACCACAUUUUGUAGAAUUCCCACUCUGGUGCUCUGCUCUGUACACACUCUCUCUUCCUUUCCCCAUUUACAGGCCUUACAUUUGGCUCCAGUUUUGAUUUGUUUUUGCCCUUUAAAGAGCCCUACUGCCCCUCAUUGGGUUUCCAAAGUUCCAGCUGCCCCCUGAGGACACCCAGAGGGAAUAUUCUAAGUGGGUGGGAAGCAACUUGGAUGAAUACAUAUCCAGUGUUCUGAAAACAGUUGCCUCCCAACGCAGCCAAAGCAUGCUCAAACCACUUCUACCACCCUUAGAAUGUUGUCUGUAUUCCUGUGAACUCUGGGAGUUGUCCUCGCCAAAUGGUUCUCUUCAGGCAAAGGCCAAAGGAGGAUGGAAGUUGUAGUCCAACAACAUCUGGGGACUCAAAUGUGAGAGCCCCAACAAUACGUGGAUGUAUUUUUUAUGUUUGACAGCCACACACAUAAAUGAAGUAUAGCAAUAGACGCCACUGAGAGUCCUGAUUAUGGCUGGCCCCACGUUUCAGGGGCCCCUCGGCAUACUGCCUCCUGUGGGUCCCUUCCGGCUUAAGUGGGCCUCGAAUGAGCUGCUCGGCUGCCACCACGCAAAGGCUAGGGGCACAGAGGUGGUGUCAGGGGUCAGCACUGCCCAUUGAGACUGUCUGUGGAUGCCAGCCUUGCUGUCCGGUAUCCCAAUCCAGUGAGUUGCUGGGAGUUGCAGGCACUCCAGUGUAUGCACCAAACUCCCCCCUUGAAGGAGCUGCCCUAUUGAUUGGAAAGGGCACCUCUUUGUAUACGUUACUUUAGAGGUGCCCUCUCUGCGAAAAGGCAUGGGGGGAGACCCAUGUGGGCAGGAGUAUCACCAGCACGUAAAGAUUCCCAUGGGACUCUUCAGGGGGCUGUGAGGGUCUUCAGUGAGGCUCAAAUUGUAUAUCCAAGGCCUUUGUCUCAAUUGGUUGGUGGGUCCAUUUGCAGGUGUCUUGUUUUGUGACCGUGACACAAAUUCACACCCCAUUUGGGUGCACUCCUCAUAUCUGUCCCCCGGAGUUGUAUUUUGAUGACUUGCCAUCCUGUGAAGUUAAACUGUUCUCUCUUGCCACAUCUUUGCAUCAAAUGGGGGAGGAAAAACCACAGUUGCAUUUAGAAUAAUAGAAAUAAUAUCUAUACCUGUCUAGCUGGAGCUGGGCAGUGCAGUCUUGAAGCAUAUAUAUGAAGGGUUCUGUUUUGAUUUGGUUUGUUUUUUUCAAUUAAUUGAAAAUAAAACUGUGAACAGCCAUAGGAACAUGUGGUUUGUAUACUUCUGUUUUGUGGGUUUCAUUUUUUAAAAAAAAAAAUGUUUGCUGAUUGCCUUAAAACUUUCUAGGUGUAGCUACUUCUAUUACCUUCCUGUUUUGAAAGUAUCCUCUGUUUUUACCAGAAUGACUUUGUAACCGAUUUAACAGUGUUAAUACAGCAUUAUAAAUGUUAUGUAUCUCUC